ACAGUAUCUGCUUGUUGGCUGGGCACGGGGUGGGGGGGGGGGCGUUCUGUGGUUGGGAGAGGGAUUGCAUUGCACAAUGGCGUUGGAGGAGGAGGAGGAGGAGGAGGAGGACUAUCUGUUUUUUGGAACGCGUCUGGUAGAGGAGGAUGAGGUGAAGGGGCAGCAGCGCAAGGCUGCUGCUGCCGAGUCGGCGGCGCUGACGCGAAAGGCGCCGCUGUGGAAAGAAGAGGUGUUUGACGAGCAAGGCCGGCGCAGAUUCCAUGGAGCUUUCACGGGAGGAUUCUCUGCGGGCUAUCACAACUCGGUGGGCUCGAAAGAAGGUUGGGUGCCCACAAGCUUUGUCUCUUCUCGCCACAAGCGUGCAGAAAGGCGGGAACAGUCCGCUGUCGAUUACAUGGAUGAAGACGAGAGGGAGGAGAGGAAGGCGCAGUCGCUGAACGCAGCGCAGGAAUUCGACACGUUCGGGUCCACUGCGGCGGAAUUUGCUCGGAGGCAAGCGGCUUCUGAGGCUCGGAGAAGACCUGGCGUGAUCCCUGGGCCGAUCCCCGAUGAGAUCGUGCUUCCUGCUGCUGGGGGUAUAGGGAUGGAGCUCCUCAGGAAAAUGGGCUGGCGACAUGGCCGAACCGUUGGGCCGGAUGGGGAGGUUGAUGCGACGAAGUUCCUGGAGGUAGCAGAAAAGGUAAUGAAGAUGGGAAGAAAGGAUCAUCCUCGUAUGAUGGAGGAUUUGCAUGGAACACGUCAAAUUUGCGAGCGCUCCCUGGGCUCCACACAAACAAGUGUGGGGGUUGGGGAUUAUCGAUCCAGGCAGGAAUGUGACGAUAACCCGCUGGAAGACGCGCGCGAGAAGAAGAGGUCAAAUACUACAACUAGUAAGUUCGCGAUGGAUAGAUAUGAGCAGCAGGGCUUUGGGGAUCGAGGUGCUGGGGAUGCAGUGGCAGGCGUGGUGCAGGAGGAGAGGAGAAAAAGGGGGGUUGGAAUGGAGGCGCCUGUUGGGGCAGCAAAGGGAGGUGUGAUGGAAGAGGUUGCGUUGGAUGAUGGUGGUGACAAUGAUGGGAUGGUGUCCUGCAGGAGGAGCCCGAGGGUGCUCGCACUUGUCCCGAAGGACGACCUUUUCGGUCUGGGGUUCGAUUGCUUCAAGGAUGCCCCUGAUUUCCGGAAAGCGAGGAAGGCACGCCUGGCAAAUGAGAGGGAGUUUGGAGGAGCUGGUCUUGCUCUGUCCCGAAGCCAUCACCUGGGAGUGCCUGUGCCUACCACCGGCCUGAUGGGCAGCGGGAGAAAGGGAGCGUCGUUGCUGGGCACGUCUGGAUGGCGACAAGGAGAAGGGUUUGGUAUCGGUGCACUCGAGGAGCCUGGGAUCGAGGACGAAGACGUUUACGGUCAGUCAGGGGAGUACGAUUUCGAGAUUGGCGGAGAGGAGGAAGAUGUUAGAGAGGAGGAACAACACCCUAUCAGGGGGGGAUCGCGGGGACAAAACUGGAACCCCCUCUCAAGGAGGGAAGGGUCGCAAAGCAAGCAGCUGCCGCAGCCAUUUCGCGCAUCUCGUAAAGUGAUAAGUGGGUUCAGGUUGGGAGGAACUGUGGGGGGGGGUCCAGAUGUGAUAAAUGGGUACCCACCACCGCCAUCUAUUCCACCCGACUUCCAGUCAAUUCACAGAUUCCCCGACGGCAAGCUAGCCCUCCCAGGUGGCAGUGGCGAUGAUGGUGCCUCCGCAGCAGCCCCUCCUGAAGUAGUUGAGCCUCCCGCGGAUGAAACGGUCAAGAAAGCCGUUGACACGUUUGCACCCCUUGUGGCAAAGAUCGGGCAGCAGCUGGAGGACUUAGCUCGGCAGAAAAUGACAGGGAAACGAACCUUUGGGUUUUUAUUUGGUCGAGAGGGGAGCAAGUAUUACAUGCGGCGACUUUGGGAGGAGCGGGAGAAAGUACGGGAAAGUGCACGGCGUGCCAAGGCGGCUGCGAUGGAUUCCAAUCGAAGGGCACAGAUUUUGGGCGAGCAACCUCUGAAGUGCGAGCCGGCUUCUUCGAAGAAGCCGAAGAAGGUGGCGUUCAUGCCUUCUGAGCAGCUGAAAGCGGUCUUGCCGAUAGCAUUUUCACGAGGGGAAGAACAAGACAUGAACGCGGACUCUGCGUGCAAACCGUUUGCGAGCGAUCCCGUGAAGCAGUCCAAGUAUGAGCAGUUUUUAAGGGACAGAUCUGCAGAAAAAAUCGGUGUUGCGGAAAUGAAAGCCACCGACGACCUGAAGCCAAGCGCUCCCUCUUUCUCAGUAAUGGCUGCUGAUGAUGGUCCUCGAGUCCCGGAUACGUCUGCGCAGGAGGAGGUCAAAGAGUUCGAGCGAGUGGCCCAGCUUCUUCGGCACUUGCCCAUUCCGCAGGCGAUGGACAAACCCGGGGUGCAGAUCGAUGGAGGUUAUGGGACUGAAAAAAGUGAAAUUUCUGACACUAGAAAAAGCAGAUUUACUUCAGGCGGCGUGGAGUUUCCCCUGGGCAUGCCAUUGCAGCAGCAGCUGAUGGUCCUAGCGGCGAGACCUGCAAAAUUGACGCCAUGGAGAGAGGAGAGCGUCUGGCGACCUGCCCAUCUGUUGUGUAAGCGGUUUAACCUAUUGGAUCCUUACCCCGGAAAUCCGUGUCAUCAUCCUCCGUCGAGGCCAAAAUCCCGCAUGGAUGUGCUGUCUGGAUUCGAAAAGCUGGGGGCAAGCGGAGAAGAUGUGCCACGGCGCCCUUGUGGUGUUCCCCCCGUGGAGGAUCCGCAAGACGCUGUGGAGGCAGCGCCAAUCGGCAGCACACCACCGAUCGCUUCCAGAGAGCCCCAUGCAGUGGAUUCACCACCACCACCUAAGCAUGAUGACGAGGAACUCGAAAGACGAGGAAAGGGUGUGCAUGGAGAGCGAGAGGGGGAGAUUCCUCUGCCAGAUGAUCCUGACAAGUUUGUUGAAAGGCCUUUUGAUUUAUUCAAGGCGAUAUUUUCAGAUGAGGAGUCUGACGAUGAAGGCAUGUCGGCAGAUGCUCAUCCAAGCUUCAGCUCACAUGCGGGGAUGGCGACAGGCAGCCAGGGCGAGGAGAAGAGCAGCGUGAGCAUAGGAGCAGCGCAGGCAGCGGCUUUUGCUUUGAAUCGGCUUGUUGCAAAAGACUUUCUGUCAAGUCUAGGGGAUGAGAUGGGCCUGAAAGUUCCUGACCCAAAGCCUCCUCCUCAGAGACACUACUAUGUCAAACCUUCACCGCCAGGGGGGAUGAAUACAGGGAGACAAGCGAUGAGUGGGAAAAGUGGUGAUGCUGAGCUGAGAGGGCAGAAGCCAGGGAGGUUGAAGGUGGAGUCCUAUUCUCAGACGCAUGAGCAAGAGGGUCCAAUACCGACCAAGGAGACGGUGGACUGUGACCGUCGUGGGGAGGACUGUGGUGACGUGCGCAUUGCGAGGGAUAAGGAAGCAGGAGAACGGGAGACAUGCCAGGGCAAGGCCAAGGUCGGGUAUGAAGUCGAUGGCAUGGUUGUUGUUGGUAAAAUGUCCCCUAGCAGCCGAUUUGCGGAGGGGGAAGAAGAUGAACUGGCGACGUUUAAGACGGUGACAGGGUGGGAGGCUUCUUCUGCACGGACUGACGCUCAAGUGCCGCGGGGAAGUGCAAGGGAGAUGGAGUGCGAUACUCCUCUGGGGGUGGAUCAGCGGCUCGACAAGAACAGAAGGCUGGAUGGAGGCCAUGGUGGAGAGGAGGAAAAGAAGCGUAAGGCAAGUAGAGAGAGUCGUCAAAGGCGUAAAGAACAAGGAUCGGCGACAGAAAGCAGUGAAGGAAGUGACAGAAGUGGAUGGGAAGAAAGGAGGAGGAAGAAACGGCACAGGCGGGAGAUAAACAAGAGAGGAAAGAAAGAAAGGAGGGGGGAUCGGAGUUUGCGGACAAGGGAGGGAGAGCGAGAAAGGAGGAAACAACAGAGAGCUACGAGUCCGUCAGAGGAGAAGGGCAGAAGGAAGAAGAAGAGUGAGGAGGAAAAGAACAGGAAGAAGAAGAGGAGGAGGAGGAGGAGGAAGCACAGAAGAAGUGAUGAUGAUGGUAAAAGAAGAAAGAAUGUCACAAGGGAUGAUCGGAAACGGCGGAAACAACACAAGCAAAGAGGUCGGCCGUCAUCCCCUUCAUCCUCAGCGAGUUCCUCCUCCUCGUAUUCAUCUUCCUCAGAUGCGGAGAGCUCGACUGAUUCGUCUGAUGACUAAUAAGUCGAGUGGAAUUGUAUAAAAGAGUUCAUGCCUCCAUUUGCCAUUGGAAUCGAUGGUCAAUACCGACAGAAGAGCGUACGGCAGGCAUUUGCAG